GGGUUGUCUUAUUUUGAAAAUCCCCAAACCAGAAAGCGGCCCGCGGCUGGUGGCUCAUGCUAGCUUAACACAACUGCUAGCCAGCAGGCGGAGAGAGGAUCGGCAUCUCAAAAAAAAAAAAAAAAAAAAGCGACUUGGAAAAACUACUUAACGCUCCUAAUCUUGGUGGCUGUGAGAGGAUACCAGCAUGAGCCAGGAGUCGCUGGAGUCUGACGGAGACUCUGCUCAGGAUGUGUCCGACUUCAACUGGGAUGAUUAUUUGGAGGAAACCGGUGCUGCUUCUGUACCUCAUCACGCCUUCAAACAUGUGGACCAGGGUCUGCAGACAGGCUUGACUCCAGGCAUGAAGUUAGAGGUGUGUGUGCGCUCGGAGGCUGACGGUCCUUAUUGGGUGGCCAGUAUCAUCACUACAUGUGGCCAGCUGCUGCUGCUCCGCUAUGAAGGAUACCAGGAUAACCGCAGUGCUGACUUCUGGUGUGACAUCAUGACCGCCGACCUACACCCGCUGGGCUGGAGCCGCCAGCAUGGAAAGACCAUGAGAGCCCCAGAGGGUGUGCGUGAAAAGCGCCAGGACUGGGAGGCUUUGCUGGAGAAGGUCCUGGCCGAGGAGUGCAGCGCGCCUGCCAGCCUGCUGGAAAUGCCUCAGCGUGGUCGAGACCCAAUGGAGCUGCUGAGCGCCGGGUGCUAUGUGGAGCUGCAGGACAGUGUUGACCCGGGGCUGGCCUGGGCUGCAAAGAUCGAGGAGAACGUCGGAGGAAGACUGAAGCUGCGGCUAUUCGGCACCGAGGGUCUACCGGACACACCCGCAACCCUCUGGCUCUUUUACCUCCACCCACGCCUCCACCCACCCGGCUGGGCUCAAGAGCAUGCCUGCACCCUCAGGCCUCCUUCCGGACUGAUGGCCCUGCGAACAGAGGAAGAGUGGGAGGAGGUGAGGCAGAGGAUCAUUGACCUGCCUCAGGAUGAAGCUCUGACAGCAGAGCUCAGUAAGGACCAGCCUGUCAUCGCUGCGCAUUGUUUCAAAGAAGGAAUGAAAUUAGAAGCGGUCGACCCUGCCGCUCCUAUAUCUAUCAGGCCCGCCACUGUCGCCAAGGUGUAUAAUAAGCUAUACUUCCUGGUGACAAUGGAUGACCUUUGUGGCAUUGAGGAGUCUGAAGGUUCUGGGCGGUCUUUCCUGUGCCACAGAAACAGUCCAGGGAUCUUUCCUGCACAGUGGAGUCUCAAAAAUGGACUCCCCCUUAGCCCACCACCAGGGUACCAGGGUCCAGACUUCGACUGGGCAGAUUACCUGAAACACUGUGAAGCCGAGGCAGCUCCUCAACACUGUUUCCCAAAUGAGAUGUCCGAACACAGCUUCAAAGAGUCCAUGAAACUGGAGGCUGUCAACCUGCUGUCCCCAGAGAACAUCCACGUGGCAACAGUCACCAGGGUCAAAGGGCAAUACAUUUGGCUCAGCCUGGAAGGACUCAAGCAGCCCAUGCCGGAGUUGAUAGUUCAUGUGGAUUCUUUGGACAUCUUUCCGGUCAGCUGGUGUGAGACAAUUGGCUAUCCUCUUGUGUACCCUAUUAAGCCUGCAGUGGAGAAUGUGAGAAAGAUUGCUGUGGUGCAGCCUGAGAAACACAGAGCUCCAUCAAAGUCGUCGUCACCUGACAAUGUAAAGCAGCAGAUGGUUAACCACCCAGAGGCUGGACAGGGGAACGGGAAAUACUGCUGUCCCAAGAUCUACUUCAACCAUCGCUGUUUCUCUGGGCCAUACCUAAAUAAGGGACGAAUUGCUGAGUUGCCACAGUUCAUCGGACCUGGAAACUGUGUCCUUGUGCUUAAAGAGGUUUUGACUCUGCUCAUUAAUUCUGCAUACAAGCCGAGCCGCGUGUUGAGGGAGCUGCAGCUGGAUCAGGAGAGUCGCUGGCAAGGCCAUGGAGAGACUCUCAAGGCCAAAUACAAGGGAAAAAGCUACCGAGCCACAUUGGAAAUAGUUCGCACUGCAGAUUGCGUGGCUGACUUCUGCAGGAAGACCUGCAUUAAGUUAGAGUGCUGCCCAAACCUGUUUGGACCUCGCAUGGUUCUGGAACGCUGCUCGGAGAACUGCUCUGUCCUCACCAAGACCAAAUACACAUAUUACUACGGAAAAAAGAAGAGUAAACGUGUCGGCCGCCCGCCUGGAGGUCACACCAACCUCGAGCCUGGAGUGAAAAGGAGAGGCAGAAGGAGGAAGAGGAGGAAGCAGCUCUUCGUCCAUAAAAAACGGCGCUCUUCAGCCUCUGUUGAUAACACACCUGCUGGGUCUCCACAGGGCAGUGGUGAGGAAGAAGAUCUUGAUGAAGAUGACUCCCUGAGUGAAGACUCUGGCUCCGAACUGCAAGAUGAUCUCCAGGAUGAUUCCGAGCAGUCGGUAGAAAAGUCUCAGCCCACCACGCCAUCGCCGUCCCCUCCUGCAACGCCCAGACCCACACGGCGGCGCCGGAAACCCCGCUCGCCCUCGUUCUCUGAUGACGAGAACCAUCCCCCAUCACCAAAGACUUCCAAAACAGAACCUCCCCAAAAGUUGUGUUUGGACACCAGCCCUCUGGAGUGGAGCGUUACUGAUGUGGUCCGUUUCAUCAGGACAACUGACUGCGCACCUCUCGCACGCAUUUUUAUGGAUCAAGAAAUCGACGGUCAGGCUCUCCUGCUGCUGAACCUGCCAACUGUGCAAGAGUGUAUGGACCUGAAACUGGGGCCGGCCAUCAAGCUGUGCCACCACAUCGAGAGGGUCAAAUUGGCAUUUUAUCAACAGUUUGCCACGUAGCUGAAGGACAACGAACAAAAGACUUAAGUCAUACUUAAAAAAAAAACAAAAAAACACUGUAAUAAUGUCCCAUUUUGACAUUUCCUACACUGGACACCUUCUCGAAUCCUCUAUGUUGUGUUGGAAAAGAGUAGAGAGGAGAUUGAUGGAAAACGUACAUUAAGAUUUUUGGUGUGAAAGAAAUCUGCACAGGGUUAAUAAAACACUUCAGGUCCAGGCACAAAUAGGGAUGCAAUGAUUAAUCGCCUUUACUAUUAAGUGUGAUUAGAAAUGCCACAGUUAUUUAAUCGCAAAGGCUUCAUUACGCUGUAAGUCCUCCUCACUUGGACAUUAUGCUAGUACGUUAAUUUCGGCACAACCUGCACGGAACGUUGACAAAGUUACACCAGGCACUUACACGUACCUGUCUAUCUACAUCCAGGUGUAGAUGAGAUAUAAUUAUGUGCAUUUCAGUUAUUAAUAACACAACAUAAAAUAGAUGAUUAAAAAUGAAUAAAUAGGCAUUGAUGAUAAUAACACUUGACCUAAUUUGUCCUAUUUUGAUUAUAAUGAUACAAUUAUUAAUUAAUUCAUUUGCUUAUUAACAAUAUUGGUUGUUAAAAAUGUUAUAUUUUGUACAAGUAUUCUAGUGUUAAUAUUUUUUUUCUGUCAUUUCAAUCUCUGGAAGGUUUGUGAUUGUAUGCAUAUUUUUGUUGUGAAAUUAAUCAAUGCAUAACAAUCAUGAAACUGUGAUUACUACUCGAACCAUAAUUGUACAGAAUAAAUCCAUAAUCGUUGCAUCCCUAGGCACAAGUGAGAACUGAAAUUAAGAGUUUCCCUGUAGCCUUUGAAUAAGUUUAAAAACCUUUAUUAACUCUCAAGUGUGUUUUGACUCCAAAGUAAUGCAUUUGAACUUUUACAUUUUUGAAAGAAGGCUCAUUAUUUUAUUUGUGUCUUGAGUGCUCCAAAUCAUCCCAUUUUUUUUAUUGUUACCAAAAUAUAUGGUCUUAUGUGCAAGGAAAGGAAAUGUUAUUGCCUCUUAUUGUGGUACAUUCACAGAUUCACUCGUCAACUGUAAAGAUAUUUGGUGAGGAGAUUUGUGUAUAUACCGUAAGUCAUGGCCAGCACUUGAAAAUAGUCAUCCAUCCAUCCAUUUGCUACCGCUUGUCCCCUUUGGGGUCACGGGGGUAGUCAAUCACCUUAAAUUUAAAAAAUACAAGUUUCCCCUCUUAAGUGAAACAUGUUUGACACUUAAAACUGCAUUUGGACACAUUAAUCCCAGUAAGAUGAUUUUCCCCUCCAAAAAGGUUGUUUUAUAAUACAAAGACACUGAAAUGCAGGCACAAGGGACGACAUUGUGACUGCAUGGUUGUAUAUAUUGUAUAUGUACAGGAAUAUCUUUAGCGUAACAGGGUAAUUGAAGAAAAAAUGAUUCAGCAAAAUACUCUAAGCAAUGUGAAAAUGCUCUAAAUAUUCUCAACAUUUGCACAGAUUCGUAUGAACUAUUGCAAUGAUUAAACAGUUGUUGACAUGGAGGAAUAUUCAGGUAAAUAUUGGAGCCAAUUCAUGCCAUAAUUUAUUGUUUAAUUAAUGUGAGAAAAAAUAAUAUAAUGAAAGAUUCAAAGCAAAGAGAUACUUUGUAGAAUGAAACAUUUUUCACUCAUUGAAUUCUUGUAGUGUAAUUCACUGUAAUGUUAUGUUGUGUAUGCAAAAAAAAACAAAAAACUGUAGAUUAUCUUCUUCUCACCUUUGUCGUUACAAAUAUUACAUUUUUAUUUCUUGAUUUAAAAAAAAUUAACUGCAAUAA